UUUUGCAGGCACAGGAGAGUUUGAGUCCUUUAUUACAUACAGUGUUUAUGUAGUGGUUAGUGAGUUUCUGCAUUCGGUUUUCCAGCAAAGGCCAUUUACACACACACUCUCUCUCUCUCUCUCUCUUUUUAGUUUUGGAUUUUAACCUCUCUAGCCAACUGUUUGUUAAAGAGAAAUGGAUUGGACUGAUCCCACUGGGGUAUGCCUGGCAUUGGUCAUGACUCUUCUGUUUAUCAUGAAAAUUGGGAGGUUCUGGAGCAGCAGCAGUAGCAGCAAGGACAUCCCUCCAGGACCAAGGCCCUUACCCAUCAUUGGAAACCUGCACAUUAUAGACCUGAAGAGACCCUACCGGACUCUCCUUGAGCUGUCAAAAACUUAUGGGCCAGUUGUCAACAUUCAUAUGGGAAUCAAGAAGAUGGUGGUGCUCUCAGGUUACGAGACAGUGAAGGAAGCUCUGGUGAACCAGGCAGAUGCAUUUGCAGAGAGACCUAAAAUCCCAGUAUUUGAAGAUUUUUCCAAAGGAAAAGGUAUUAUUUUUUCACAUGGCCAAAACUGGAAGGUGAUGCGAAGAUUUGCCCUCUCAACCUUACGGGACUUAGGAAUGGGCAGGAGAGUUACUGAGGAUUACAUUGUUGAAGAGUGUGGAUAUCUGAUAGAAAAGUUUGAAUCUCAGAAAGGAAAGCCCUUUGACCCCAUUAUGAUAAUGAAUGGAGCAGUGGGUAAUAUCAUCGUAUCCAUAGUACUUGGAGAGAGAUUUGGCUAUGAAGAUCCCCAAUUCGUUAAACUCCUACAUUUGAUCAAUGAAAAUGUGCGGGUUUGUGGAAGUCCAUCAGUUAUGAUUUAUAAUCUAUUCCCAGCCCUUGGAUUUCUCCUGAAGGGCCACAAGGUUGUUCUUCAAAACAGAGAUGAACUACAUGCGUUUUCACAAGUUACCUUUAUAGAACAUCUCAGAAAACUGGACAGAAAUGACCAGCGCAGUCUUAUUGAUGCUUUCCUCAUAAGACAGCAGGAGGAAGAAAAUGACACAAAUAGUUAUUUCCAAGAUGGCAAUCUGAAAGCCCUCAUAACCAACUUGUUUACUGCUGGCUUGGAGACCACUUCCACCACGCUGCGCUGGGGCUUUCUGCUAAUGAUGAAGUACCCCGAAAUUCAGCAAAAAGUCCAGGAGGAGAUCGAGAGAGUCCUAGGAUCAAACCCUCCACGUAUAGAACAUCGUAGUAAGAUGCCCUACACAGAUGCAGUUGUUCAUGAAAUUCAGAGGUUUUCUAACAUCCUGCCAAUGGACUUGCCUCAUGAGACUACAAUGGAUGUAACUUUAAAGGGCUACUUUAUCCCAAAGGGAACUUACAUCAUCCCCCUGCUGGCCUCUGUGUUGCAAGACAAAUCUCAGUGGGAGAAGCCAGAUGCUUUCUAUCCUGAGCAUUUUCUUGAUGCUGAAGGAAAGUUUGUGAAGAAGGAGGCCUUCAUGCCUUUUUCAGCAGGCCGGAGGAUGUGUGCAGGUGAGACUCUUGCCAAAAUGGAGCUCUUCCUCUUCUUCGCAAGCCUCCUGCAGAGGUUCACGUUCCAGCCUGCCCCUGGCGUUUCCCGCUUAGACCUGGACCUCACCCCUGCAGUCGGGUUUACCACACCCCCAAUGCCCCAUGAGAUCUGUGCAGUGCCCCGGUCCUAGGGUUCGCAAAUCCCCUUUCUUCCCAUGUGUGUUCUGUGCUGCAGCUCUGAGGAUACAGUGAGAUUCAGUCUCUGCACCUUUGGAGGCUGUUGUGCUCUCCGUGGAUGAUAUCCAGCUUGGCAGCAAGGUCCUAGGAGGAGUAAGGAUGGUAGAAGAAGAAGGCAGGGGGGGAUUGCAGCACCAUGUAGUCUCUGCUGCUGUUGAUUUUACCGAUCCCACACGGAAAGCAGGAUUUUUUGCUUUCUCUACCUUGUGAUGUUAAAAAUAGGUUAAGCAACAUGUAUGCAAAACACCCCCUUUCUUUUAUGAAUAGGGAUCUACUGAAAUUGCAAUUGUGCAAUUUCUGUGGAAACCGUGAAUUCAGGCAGGUUCUGUGAAAAAGUGCAGGCUCUGUGCUUCUGGUGGGCUUGCUUGAAAAAAAAACAAACACCCAACAACUUACUGGCAAGCAGAAAAGCCCUGCAGUCUUGGGGCAUGGGGGUUGGGGGAGGAGGGAGGGUGGGGAGAGUUGUGGGGCGGGGAUGAUUACGGCUGGAAAUGUGGAGGCAGGGCAGGGCAGGGCAUGGGUGGAGCUGGCUGCAUGGUGUGGCAGUGCCACAAGUUCCUAACAGCCAGACUGGGUUGGUGGUGGCAUGGAGUGGGGUGCAGGACAGCAGCAGCUCAUUUUCAGCCAGGCCAGGGUAGGCAGCAGGUGGGAGCUGCUACAUCCCUCUGCAUCAGAGCAGGAUCGGUGGGGUAGGGGGACAAAGCACUGGCAGCCCAACUUCUAUUUUGCUCCUGGCUGACAUCACCCAGGGGUGCAGCAGCAGGCAGAGCACACGGCAACUAGCGGGGUGCAGCAGGAGUUACCCCUGCUGCCAGGGCCCCCAACCUGUGCUGAGUACAAUGUCCAGGUCUGGCAGGCUCCAGCAGUUUCAAAAACAAGGAAAAAAACAUAAUACGCACAAAUUCUGGAUGCCUUAAAUACAUAGGUAUUAUGUGCCAAUUGCUACAGCCAUGUUUAGGAUCAAAUUCAUUGUUUUCAAAUUUGCUCCUCACUUCCAUGUAUUCAGAGAGCAUGUCUACACAUGCAAUUAAUGUGACUGAAUAUAGUGAGCUGGCCAGCCAGACCCAGACAGGGACUGCACAGCCACCUGGGCUGUGGUAUGGACACCACAGCAGAGCUGCCUGCACUUCUGGGCCAGUUGCUAAUAGGCCAUAACUGCACAGUUGGCCUUCAUGCAGCACUGCUGUCAUGUCUUCUGGUGCUUCUGCUCUGCCCUCUGGGCAGCUAUCAUCAAGAAGAUAUCCUUGAGCUGCCCCUGCCCCCUUUGCUCACCAGGAUGUGGGGCACUGAGUAGCACUGGGAUGCCAGGGCCGUGCCCCUACCCAUGCCCUUGCCCCUCACUCCUGACCCACCGUCUCUGCCUACUCUCACUAGCUCCCUUCUGGCCACAGCUCUGUCCCAGCACCAGGACAUGAGUCCAGCUGUGGCUGUCCCACCAGCUGCUUUGUGGAGCUCAGAAGUGCCAGCCUUUACUGUUCUCCUUUCUGCACCUGUACCCAGGCCCCAACAAUCCCCAUGACAUCCUAGGGAGCCCACAACUGGGGCUCAGAGACUGGGCUGAGCAGGCCCCUUCCCUUCCAGGCCAGCCUUCCUUUGCAUAGGCUGCUUUAGGGGAGCAGAGGCUCUAAGCCUGGCUCUGGAGGCCUCACUUACCCAGAGUGCUCCUCCAUCCCUGACCCCUAUCUCACUCUAUCUCACACAUACACACCCCUGCUGCCACCUCCACCACACCUUGCCCAGCCCAUCACACUCCCCAAGUGGUUCCUGAGACCAGGAGCCCCCCCAGGCUGGGGCUGCAUAUCCCAGCACUAGUAUGCACACAGGACAGGGCUGCAGUGUGACAGUUGGCUCUGCAGCUGUGGCUCCUGCCAGCAGUUCCCACCCUGUCUGGCAGCUGGGCACACAGAGUAUGAGAUUUAUGGGAGAGAUGUGGGGUUGUGGGGUGGGGGGAAGGGUAUGGGGAGGUUUGUGGCUAAGUGUAGGGUCUGUGGGGGUGAGGCUUGUGGGCAUGGGGCUUGUGCAGAGGUUUGGGGGGUGUGGGGUUUGUGGGUGGAUUGUACGGGGGUUUGUGGGUGUGGGGUUUCUGGGUAGGUAUGUGAGUGGGAGGGUUGUGGGGGUAGUUUGGGAUGGUGGGGUUUGUGGGUGAAUCGAGGGAGGGUUUGUGGCUGUGGGAGGACUGUGUGGGGGUAGGGGGACUGUGGGGGUGGGAGACUGCUUGGGAGUGGUGGGUCCCCUGCCUAACCCCCUGCACAGUGUACAGCCCCUGCCCCCCACUGCAGCAGCAGCAGCGUCCUGUGGGGGUGGUGGGGUGGGGGGAUUUUGGUUGGAGGGGACUGUGGAUAUGGGGGGACUGCUUGGGAGGGGUGGGUCCCCUGCCUGCCCCCCUGCACAGUGCACAGACUCCCCCCACAGCAGCAGCAGCAAUGUCCAUCAGGGCGGUUAUGACCCGUUCUUGGCAGAGACCCCUGGCAGCGUGCGGUGCCACCUGAGACUGGCAGCUGCACAUGCCACACAGCACUGGCCUGGCUGGUAGCGUGCACCCUUGGACAGAACCACGUUGCUCUCACCAUCACUCAUGGCUACUGGCACCCCACACAGAAGCUGUGUACUAUUGGGCUGGACCGGCUCCAUGGAGGCAGGAACUGGCUUGGCCUGAUAGUGCACGGCCCCUGUUUGCAGUGCCAGGAGCUGCAGGUGAGAGCAAGAGCCAGCCUGGUUUUGCUUGAGGGCACAUGCCAGCAGCCAGGCUGCUGCCAAGUGUAGCCACCAGUCUGAGGUGAUGCUGUGCUGCCAGGGGUCUUUGCCAAUGAUAGGUUAUGAGAGCUCUGAUAAGCACUGCUGCUGCUGCUCCUGUGGGGGGGGGGGGGUGUCUGUGCACUGUGCAUGUGGCAGGCAUAGGGAUGCUCUGGCUGGGUGCCAGAGUAUCUCCUUGGAGGACCUAGCCUCUGGCUGCCUAUGGGCAUGCUCCAACAGAGUGUCCUGCUUUGCUUUUUUUCUGGUAGUUUUUUUUUUUUUUUUUUUAAUACUGGGAUUACCAGCAUUGCCACAGGUGCUGGCCCCAGCUGUAUAAAAAGCUUCCCUGGUGAGCAGAUCAGGGCUACUUGCCGUCAGGAGCUUCUGAGGCCCAGCCAGUUGAUAUAUGUGGACACUAGCUCCCUGUGUCAGCUGGACUGCUGCAGCAGCCCUGACCUAGAGUGGCCUUUGCAUCCUCUACCCACUACAGCAGUCUGGCAGUGGGGGCUGCUCCCUAGCUGUAACCUGAUGCCACCUGUGACAGCAUCCAACCACUUGGACCUGCAUCCCCAUGUCUGCACACCUGUCAAACCUGGACAGGGACCACACGGCCACUUGGACUCUGGUAUGGGCACUGCAGCAGAGCUACCUGCACCUCUGGGCUAGCUGCCAGUGGGCCAUGGCUGCACAGUUGGCUUUCAUGCAGCCCCUGCCCUGCUGUCUGGGCAGCUAUCACCUGAAAGAUAUACUCAUUGUGCUGGCCUGCUUUGAACUGUCAAAGCAUAUCCUCCUGGCCCCCAGUAGCCAGAAGGUCCACCGUCUCAUCUGCCCUCCAGCUGGGUCCUGAAUGCCAGCUCUGGGCAGGCUCCUCUGCCUGGGUCCUGCCACUUGCCUCACUAGUGGGAAUCCUGGUGUUCCCUGUUUAAAAAUGGCAAAUUCUUUGAUAAAAAAUCCCAGAUUCAUAAAUUAAAAUACCCCCAAAUCUGUAUUCUUUCACAAUUAAAAUGAAGUGUCACUAUAUCUGUGUAUAGAGAGAUAGAGAUUGAUCAGUUGGGCAAUGUUUUAUUGAUAUGUUAACCAGUUAAACCAGUUUGGAAGCCUACCAGUGCCUCUAUCAUCACAAUAAAAUAAAUUAUAAAUAUC